AUGUCAGAACUGCCGACCACGACCAGGAGCUGGAUCCUGACGAACAAACCGACCAGUCUCCCGACCAUUUCCGGCGACGAGCCGACUUUCACCCUGCAGACGCGCGACCUUGCACCCCUCGAGGAUGACCAGGUCCUGGUCAAGGCGUUGUACCUCAGCAACGACCCGGCGCAGCGUGGCUGGAUCAGCGCCGACGUGCCCAAGGACCGGCUGUACGUGCAACCGGUCGAGGUAGGCGAGCCGAUGCGAGCGCGGGGGCUGUGCGAGGUCCUCGACAGCCGAUCCAAAUCCAUAGCCAAAGGCGCCCUCGUCCUGGGCGUUUGCAACUGGACCGAGUUCGCCGUCCUGGACGCCGCCACCGUCACGCCGCUCGAACCGCUUCCCAACGGACUGAGCUUGACGCACUACCUGGGCGCGCUGGGCACCACGGGCAUUACUGCCUACUACGGCCUCGUGGUCGUCGCGGAGGCAAAGAAGGGCGACAAGGUGGUUGUGUCUGGCGCGGCCGGCGCCACGGGCAGCAUGGUGGUUCAGAUUGCAAAGCACAUCGUGGGAGCCAGCAACGUAAUCGGUAUCGCGGGCAAUGACGACAAAUGCCGCUGGGUCGAGAGUCUCGGUGCAGACAAAUGCCUGAAUUACAAGUCCCCGACGUUCGCAGAGGACCUCAAGGACGCAACCAGGGACGGUGUCGACAUCUACUUUGACAACGUGGGCGGCGAAAUCCUCGACUUGAUGCUCGGCCGCAUGUCCAUGUACGGGCGCGUCGCGGCGUGCGGUGCCAUCUCGCAGUACAACUCCUCGGAGCCGCUGGCGCUGAAGAACUACUUCCAGGUCAUCUCCAUGAGGCUGCAGAUCAGGGGCUUCAUACUUCUCGACUACCUACAGAAGAGGGCCGAAGCGCUCCAGGUCUUCAGACAAGCAAUCCAGGACGGCAAAUUGAAGAUCGGAGAGGGCAACCAGACGGUCGUGCCGACAAAGUUUGAAGACGUGCCCAAGACGUGGCUGAAGUUGUUCUCGGGUGACAACACGGGCAAACUGCUCACCAAGAUCGAAUCGUGA